GUGACGCCAAACAGGAACCAGUGCAAGGGAGCUUGACAAAUCAAGAUGGCGCCCCACGCCGAAGCAGGAAAGAGAUUUCAGUAUAAAUAAAACUCAUUCGGAGAACAGUUUAAAUUUGCAGUGCCACCUCGACAAGACGUCGUUCGGAAUUUGAAAGAACAAGACGGAGCAGAUACAGAGUCUCUAAAUGGCUGCGAGGAAGUCUGGAUCAGAUACAUACAACAAUGGACCCAUCAGCUAUCUUGAUGACGUUCCCUUCAAGAUUAAUGAGAAAUUCCGCUGCCCAGCCAAAGUGGGGCUGCCUGUUGGUUUUUGCCUGCCUAACUGUGACUCUCUGCUGGUGGGCACACAGUAUGACUUUACUCUGGAGAGGCGCAGUGUGCGAUGGGGGGUUGAACUGGCUGAGGCCCGAGCAGCAGAGGCCAGAGCAGAAGAGGCAGCAGCCAAGCAGGAGGCAGAGAGCAGAGAGCGUUUGGCUCAGGCACAGGACAUUGAUGGUGCUGGAGGAAAGAAACCCGGGUCUGCUGCAGACGACCAGGACCUUCCACCACCGGCAUUGAACCCUGUCCUGGCGGGGCUGAGCCAUAACGCCAUCCUCACUCCACUGCCUGCCCCGAGCCUUGGCCCCAGGAAAACACAGCCUAGCACUCCACAGCAGCACAGCCUCAACCUCGCUGACUUUGAACGGGAAGAGGACCCCUUUGACAAGUUGGAGCUCAAAACUUUGGACGAUAAGGAGGAGCUCAGAAGCAUCCUCCAGAGCCAGCCCCAACCUCAGCCUCCUCCCUCUGUAUCCCCACCAGAGGUCUCCCAGAUAGGGUCAGCGUCACGCGGGAACAGCCCAUCUCCUCCCAGCACCAACACCAGCCUCCCAGCCAAACCAGGGUUUACCCACAAACCCAACGGGUUGGUUGCCUUGCUGGACAUGGACAGGGUUGGGCAUCCUGGGAGAGUGGGAUUUGACACAGACGACCGACCCUGCAACAUCCGCUCUCUGACUUUUCCCAAACUCUCUGAUUCUGGUGACCCAGAGCCAGUGAGGUACAGUCCACUCCCUGCACCUGUUCCUGCUCCCCGACACAACUUACCCAAUGGUAGCCCGCCGACCAUACCCAAGACCCAAGUUAUUGUUGCCCCUGAGCCACCCAGCCACACCAAGAGUGGUACACCAAAACUGGCCAAUCAAGGGUCAGGAUCUGCUGGUCUGCCGUGUGGCGGAGCCCUGCUCAGCAUGACCCCCAGCGAGCGUCAGUGCGCAGAAACACUUGUAGGCAUGGGCUACUCUUAUGAGGGUGUCCUACGGGCCAUGCAGAGACAAGGGCAGAACGUGGAGCAGGUGCUGGAUUAUCUCAUUUUAUCUGGACGUCUGUGCGAGCGGGGCUUUGAUGCAACUGCAGUGGAGGAGUGUUUAGAGAUGUACCAAUGCUCAGAGGAAAAGGCCUUGCAGUUCCUUGAACUAAUGUCAAGAUUUGGUGAAAUGGGAUUUGAGCGGGAUGCCAUCAAAGAAGUGCUGCUGGUCCACAACAAUGAUCAGGACAAGGCUCUAGAGGACCUGAUGGCUCGCGCUGCAGCUAGCUGAGCCAAGCUAACCAGCCAACCAAAGCCCGGCCCGGGGCUUGCCUCCCGCUACCACCCGACACAGCCCCUUUCCUCCUGCCUUCCCUGUUACACCAUGCCCUGUCCCUGCCUUGGCUGUGGAAGGGACAGCUGGGAAACAGUUGUAUUUCUCUCUGUGCUAAAACGUAUUGUGUCUCAGCACUUCUUAAAGACUGUGUGCCUAGAGUGGAGGGGGGUCAAAGCGUAACAAUUCUUCAUGGUGGUGUUGCUUUUUUUUCCUUUUUUUUUUUUAAGAAAUCCUGGUGAUUUCAUAUUGCUAGGUUAUUCAAAAAUAGGAAGAAUGACUGAGCAGGGAGGAAGAAACUGGAAGAACUGGGACUGUGGCGUUUUGAUGCCAUUCUAUUUUGCUUCCACCUGGAAGUGUUCAGUUCACUGCAGGCAAAGCUGCAGGGCAGAAUGGGGAGCUGGUGACAGUGAGUGCAUCGCAGAAGUACCAGUUUGAACUCUUGAUCUCCCACACAAUUAAGCUGCCAUCUUCCACUGCUCAGUGCAGACCCAGUAAAUGGUGGAGGGGAUAGGAGGCCUUGAGGAGGCUCUCUUCAAACUGAACCAACUAACAUUACAAGUAAGAAAAAACAAAGGAAAAAAAACAACAAAACAAACAAACAAACAAAAAAAAACAAAACAAAAAAACAAAGGCACAGCCACCAGACAGAGAACUGACUCUCAAGAAGUGCCCUCUCUGCUCUGGUGCCCUGCACCUAGUUGCGUUCAACUUUCUGCUUUCAUUCAUUCAUGUCUGUUUUUCAUUUGAGCACUUUUUUCACGUCAGUUUAAAGAUUCUAUUUCUUUGCUUUCUGUUUUAGGAAUUGCAUAACAGAUCCUUAGUCAUUAUAACUCAGAACAUAAGAGAUACUACUGCCCCGGUAUGCUCUUUGACCUGCACUGGAAUGGCCUGUUAAAGGAGUAGGGAGAGAUGGGGAAAGUUCCUCUGUAGGAAAUAUUAAGAAACAUCCCAUAACCCAUUGACACUUAUGUGUCACAUACUGCACAGGCACACACAUGUUUCAUAAUUAUCAACUUAUUUAAAAUAGUACACUGACACUUUCAUUUAAAAAUAAAGAGUUUGAUAUGAUAAUGUAAGAUAUGUUAACUUACAAAAGUGACGCUUUUAACUGUCAUGGACUUCUGUUUGCAGACUGGAAAAGAGUGAGUGGUUAAAAAAAAAAAAAAAGAAACAAAAUGUAAGUGAGGGUUGCUUUUGCAGCCUUAUCACAGUGCAAUAGAGAUAUUUCAUAUUGUGUGACUGUUAACUGGCAUUUUGAGCCUCAAGUAAUUGUUGGGAGAGAAGGAAUGGUCUUCAAGCCUUGCUGGAAAUUUGGAUGUAACUAGGAAAAGGUUUGACCUCACUGAUUUCUAUCAUUUAUCCUCUGUUAUUGGAUUUCAUGCCACAAAAUUUAAUCAAACAUGACUUUCAUUUAUUGACUUGUCCACUUUUUUUCCUCACAUGUAAUAUGAAAUGAGAGUUCAUCGUGAUUUUAGGUUUGUUGGAAUCUCCACGGUCUUAAAAAGUUAGAAUAGGUUCAGUCGUCACUUGCCAAAAGCACUUCCCCAGAUGUUGAAUAGGUGUCAUGUUUUAAAAGAAGGCCAGCAUCCUUUAUAUUAUGUGUUAAUGGACCUUCUGAGUUCCAUGCUACAUAUGUUUAAAAAGCAUGUCUGCUCGGCUGCUUCAAGAACAAAGAUGGCAGAAAUUUUCAUAAUCCUGCGCUCUGUGGUACUGGUCGGGAUUGUGAAAGGCAUGGCAACAGAUUAAGGGCUUAAAGUUAGAAAAAUGUGACUUGGAGAACUGGCACUUCGCUUAGGGCAGGUCCAGUACUUUAUCCUCUAUUCCACAAAUGCAAAUAGAACGUUUCUAACCACCAGUAUAUUUUAGAAUGGCUCCAGGGGUUUGACAAAUGUAUUUAUUGUGUGGUUUAUUUUAUGAUUUUAAUUGUUCAAUAGAAAAUUUUGGCGAUCAGGUGUUUGCAGAACAUACAGUACCACUCAAACCAAAAGGAUAAGCACAUGCUUGCAGUAAAUAAAACACUGCUUUGCAAGUUUGUCCAAGCAUCCUGAAAGUGAAGCACACCAUCACAAAUCUGUCCUGAAUUCCAUUUUUGCCAAUUUUUUUGUCUUGUUAGUACAUUUCUGUUGCAUGUCUGGUGCAGGCAAAUAACAUGACACGAGCACGGUGUCAUGUGAGACCUAGUAUCUGAACUUCAACCAACAUUGUAAGUCUGGUGUGCGGUUGAAUCGGCAAAUAUGUUUUGAUCUAGUUCUCUUUUUUAAUCGCCUUCAGUCUUGAUUUACUGUGAUGAAGAAGAGCAUUACUCUUACCUUACAGGCAAACACAUAAGUGGUAUUCUUGUCUCCAUACAUAACUCAACAAUGGUUUUGUUAAUCAUACAUAAAGCAAGCUGAAGUCUGCUUGCCUCCCCUCUGACAGCCACAAAAGUACGGCUGAAUACAGUAUAGCAGGUUCUGGACCUUCUCCAUUAAUACCUCCUUCGAUUUCUGUUGUGAUCUUUUAAUUGUAUUGGGAUGAAAUACAACUAGGUUUUCAUUGUUAAAGGGAUCAAGUUUAAGGAUUUGUAUAUCAGAUCCACUUUUAAGUCACCAUAUAAUAGAAAAUGGGGCUCUAAUGAAUCUAAUGAGCAUUGAUAUUAAUGGUGUAAUAAAAGGUGGGUGAGCUCAGUGUUCUUUCCCAAGCUCCUAAAAUGUGAUUUGCAAAACUUUCAAUUUCAUCUUGAAUUAUCUGAAAAAUCCACGAUUAAAUGUGCACAUCUUUUCAGUGGUGA